AUGCUAGACAGCCAUCCUUCUGGCUCCAGAACAGCAGAUGGAGUAAACAUAACUUUUGUUCCAGAGUUUGAUGUCCUAGAGGUCCCCCCCCUCACCCCAACCAGUAAGGAGGUCUUCACUCAGGCUGUGAAAGCCAGCUUUGCAGGCUUCACUCAGGAGAGAGUCAGCUGUCACUUUCCACAGGAUCCUAGGUUGUGGUCGAAGUGGGAGGUGAACCACUGGCUGGACUGGUGCCAGGCUGAGUUUGGGCUCUGCUGCCUGGGCUCAGACCUCAGAGGUCUGGAUGGCAGCGAGCUGUGUGGUCUUGACCAAGAGGCUUUCCUGGGCCUGCUGUCUGACUCAACUGCAGGGGAAAUCCUGUGGGAGCACCUGGAGACCAUGAGGAGAGAAAAUUACUCAGAGAUUGAGGGAUGCUCAGACAGAGAUAAUUACCACAUUCAGUAUCAUCCCAGUGAGAGCUCAGACCUCCACGAUCUGGAACCAAUGAGUGUGCAGCAUGGAGGCCACUAUCCAGCCUAUUCACAACGUGGCAGCAGCAACAUUAGCUCUGCAGCCCCGCUGCAGGAAAUACGAGGGAAUGGAGGGACAGGCUCAGAAGUGGAGAGUGUUCCCGGGGAUGUGUUUGCCGCAUCAUGGGAUGCUCCGCACCAUGAUGUCCAGCCAGUAAUGGAAGAGAGCAUGUCUGAAAAUGCCUUCAUGUUACCUCAGCAACAGAGGAACUUCAGGGAAUGUGCAGACAGCAAAACUGAUCUGGAGACAGCUGUAAUACCAGUAGCAGUUCUUGCUGGCUACACUGGCAGUGGGCCCAUUCAGCUCUGGCAGUUUCUGCUGGAGCUUCUGACAGACCGCAGCUGUCAGUCGUGUAUAAGCUGGACAGGAAAUGGCUGGGAGUUCAAACUGACGGAUCCCGACGAGGUGGCACUGCUGUGGGGUCGCAGGAAGAACAAACCUAAGAUGAAUUAUGAGAAGCUGAGCCGUGGUUUGCGCUACUACUAUGACAAGAACAUUAUUCGCAAAACCGCUGGCAAACGCUACGUCUAUCGCUUCGUAUGCAACCUGCAAGGCCUUCUUGGAUAUGAGCCUGGGGAGCUGCAUGCCACACUGAACAUCAGCAGUAAGAGUCUAUAGUGAGGCAAGAAAAAGGAACAGUUAAGCGUCUUACAGUUUUCACUUUACAUGACACAGCUCAGCGCAUGUGCUUGUUUGACGAAAUGGAAGUGGUGUACCACUUUGUCUCUGUCACUGUCAAAUAAUAGAAAUCAAUUCAUGUCAGUUCAUUUUAAAAGUUAUUUAUUCCUCUGUAAAUAGUU